AGUGGUUCAUUAGGUGUGAAGGUGAUGUGGCAUCCACACCAGAUGCCAUUGCUUUUCUUCCACUUUUAAAAGCUUACUCUCUAUAUUCCUUCCUCCUUAAACCUCAGCUUACACAACACACUCUAAGCCAUCUUUCAUUUCCUUCCUCAACACCUCCUUCAACUCUCUCUCUCUCUCUCUCUCUCUCUCUCUCUCUCUCUCUCUCAUGGCAACAAAACCAGCUGAAGAACUUCCUGGAUCCUUGAAAUACCAGACAUGGGUAUUGAAAGUGUCAAUUCAUUGUGAAGGGUGCAAAAAGAAGGUCAAGAAAGUUCUUCAAAGCAUUGAAGGGGUUUACGCUAUUGCGAUUGAUUCUCAGCAGCACAAAGUCACAGUGACCGGCAACGUGGAGGCAGAAACCUUGCUGAAGAAGCUAUGGAGGUCAAACAAGCUGGCCGAGCUUUGGCCAGAACCGAAGAAGGGGAAAAAGUCCAAGAAGAACAAAGAUAAUGGUGAAGCAGAUGGUGACAACGGUGAUGAAGCGAAAAAUCCUUCUGAGAAAAACCAACAAGCCGAUGAGAAUGGUGGUGAUGAUGCUGAUGAUGAUGACGGUGACUCAGACAAAGAGGAUGGAAAUCAAAGCAAUGAAGCUGGUGGAGAACAAAGUGGUGGUGCCGCUGGUGGUGGUGCUUCAAGUGGAGCUAAAAAGAAGAAAAAGAAAAAGAAGAAGAAGGCACAAAAUGGGAAUCCUCCAAAUGGCAGUACUGGCACCCCCGGGGAGCAUCCCGGUGUUGCUCAUCCGGCGGGUGCUAAUGGGCCGCUUAUGGUUGGUCCAGACAUGUCUCACCCUAUGGCUGCCAUGAAUCUCGGCCCACCGAUCCAACAUAUGUACCCGGGUCCAUACCCGCCACCGGUGUAUUAUCAGCCUCCUCCGGCAGCAUACGGGCUAAGUUACAGUACAACGUAUCCAAGCACAAGUGCUUCAUAUUUCACCCCUGUUAUGCAUGAUACCACGUACUAUCACCCGGACAUAUACUCGCCCUCUGAUCCUGUUGAUUCAUAUACAGACGAUGAUGAGGAAAAAGGCUGCUACAUUAUGUGAAAAUGUUGUACAAUAUUAAGAGUAUGCUUGGUGUGUUAUGGGGAAAGGAGAGGCUUAACUGUGUACAACGUACAAGUUAACAUAUGAAACGGUUGAGCUUAGUGUAAUUAGCCUUAGGGGAGAGAAAUAAAAAGGGCUUGUAAUGGGUUUGGCCGUCUAUGUAUUAGUGUUUGGUUGCUUUUGCACAAGUUUGUGUUUGACUAUCCAAUAGAAUAGAAUUUCAAUGUAUUUGCUACUUGUAGGACCUGAAAAAUCUUCUUUUGCUCUCAAAA